GCAAACAUUAAGAUAUCCAUCAUUUGCAUGCACAACUUAGGGAUUCAUAAUCACUGAUGAAUGUAUUUGGUAGAAAGAAGCAAACAACAGUUUUAGUGAGAGGAGAGGAAGCUCAGCAGGAGGGGCUUCAGGGAGGGAAGCAUGAGAUGUCACUCAACAGAAUCACACCUUUGGCGUUCGCUGUAGUGCAGGGCCGGUGUUAUGUGCAGAUGAGCAUUCGAAGCUUGGAAACCUUUUAGAGGUGGCAAAGCAAUGCAGAGGUGACAGAUGUCUGAACAUCAACACGGGAAGCUGGAGAGAGGGAGGGAGAGCGAACAAAAGCCAUUUAAUCAGCCUUUGAAUAAAAAGAAGAGUGAACAGAGUGCCAGUGCCGGUGCCAGUGUCUGGGUGAAACGAAAGCUAAACCAGCAUAUUCGCAAUAAACAGAGGAAACCGGAAAGCGAGGAUCCAACCCAGCUCCGUGCAUCGAACAUACCUGAAUCGCAUUAUUUGGAGGAGGACAGUCCAUUAAGAAGAACAGCCUCAGAGCCAAUUCUAAAGCUGCGACCAAAGAGAAGUGCAUCGGGAAGACAGAACCCACUGCAGCGUAAAAGCAGCGCGCCCCCUGCUGUCAGAGCUUCUGACUCUAGGGGGGGAAGCUCCAGUUCUACUCCAGUAUCCUUAAGAAGUUCAUCAGCAGAUAAAAAAUGAGCCAUCAAAAGCCACAGACCAAUAGCACAUCAUCACCACAACAGGAUGAAUCUCCUGUACACAUUGGUGUUCAGAACACCAUGCUCUGGACUAGAUAUGAACCGCAGGUCUUUGCCAUGCAUUCACCUGUUCAUACAGUUCCUGGCCAAUGGGCAGUGAUGUCUCAUAAGCCUUUGAGCAAAACCCAGUCGGCACAUUCUUUCUUCCAGCAAAUCCACACUCAGACUUUUAUGAUUACACACCCAAUGUACCAACAGCAAUGGCCACAGGAGACAUUCCGGCCUGAGACAAAUGUACAUUUGCACCCAAACACACAGAGCUCUUUUUCACACACUCAUUGCAAGGUACCUUUACACAGGGCACAGCCUGUGUCCUUUGGAUCGCUGAGAAAAGACAGAGAGAGAACAAGGGAGGAUUUAAAUAUACUGUCUCAAUCGCCGCAUGAUAACCCAUGCUGUGAUCAACUGAGAGUGCAGCACAGUGAAUGCUGUAAUGUACGAAAAAAUAUACAUCACCGGAACCUUACGCGUGUGCAUUCCUCUCCAGGCACCUUUAACAGAAGUCUGCCUUUACAUUUAUCUUCACCUCUAGCCCGGGAAGUCAAGAGCACAUCAAACUAUACAACAGGUUUGGUGUUUGACUAUGAGAUGCUGGAACGUGAGUUUGACUGUAAAGAUGCCAGCUUUGAUUCUGGCAGAAUUAUGAAAAUCUGGUCAAGACUGCAGGAGUGUAGCUUCAGGAGUCAGUGUAAGUUGAUUGAAGGCAGACCGGCCACGUCUGAGGAGCUUCUGUCGGUCCAUUCAGAACAGCUUAUUGUUUUGUACGCUGGGUUCUCAGAUAGAACAUCUUCCAUACCAUAUCAAAGUCCAACAGACCCUGAUAUGGUACUGAAAAAUUACUGGAGUACAAAACUGAAGAUGUCAGUGGGCUGUGUGAUAGAGCUGGCUUUCCGUGUGGCUAGAGGAGAGCUAAGGAAUGGGUUUGCUGUGGUCACACCUCCAGGACACCAUGCAUCAUAUACUCAAACAUGUGGUUCCAGUAUCUUUAACUCUGUGGCUAUUGCUGCUAAACAGCUUCAGGAACGAUUGAAGGUUAAAAAGAUCCUUAUAGUAGAUUGGGAUGUUCAUCAUGGUAAUGGAACUCAGGAGAUAUUCUACACAGAUCCUAGUGUCCUCUAUAUAUCCCUGCAUCGCUAUGACAAUGGUUCUUUCUUCCUUGGAAAUGGACAACCCACCAGGGUAGGAUCUGAUAGAGGCGAAGGCUAUAAUGUAAAUGUGGCAUGGUCAGGAGGCCUGAAUCCUCCAAUGGGAGAUGCAGAAUACCUAGCUGCAUUCAGAAUGGUAGUGAUGCCAAUUGCGCAUGAGUUUUCCCCAGAUGUGGUCCUGGUUUCUGCUGGUUUUGAUGCUGCAGAAGGUCAUUCAGAGGCUCUGGGUGGAUACAGAGUCUCAGCAAAUUGUUUCGGAUUCUUGACCCGAAAGUUAAUGGAGUUGGCUGAAGGUCGAGUGGUGUUGGUGUUAGAGGGAGGUUAUGACGUCUCGUCCCUCUGCAACGCGUGGCAAGCCUGUGUCAGCGCUCUCCUGGGAAAUGAGCCUGUGCCUUUAGCUGAGGAGGAAUUAGUGAGGACACCCUGUAUCAACGCAGUUGAGUCUCUGAAGACAGUUCUACAGGUUCAGAGCAGGUACUGGCGUUCAGUGAGGUCGAUGGUAAACACUGUGUCUCUGUCCUACAUGAAUGCAGAGAGAAGAUACUCGGCAGGCAGUGAAGCUGCUUUAGUCCUGGAUGGCCUUCAUAUGUCUGUUCCAAGCAACAGCCGUUUCCUAAAUGAGCCUAUGGAGCAUGAUGAAGCUGAUUCAUUGUAGAAGCCAGUCUGGAAGCCUUUAUUCCUCUCCAAGCAGAAGUCAGACAUCUUGUGCUGUAACAGACUGUGAUAUUACUGUGAUGACUGCAGGGUCGAGACAGGAGACAAUCCUCAGGAACUUAACUGAACAAAAGAAAUUCACUGUCACAUCUCGUGAGUGAUGUAUUGAGUCAUUUGUUUGACGACAAAGGAUUUACUGAUGAAGCAUCUGGGCAAUGUCAAAUAAGGAUAUCAUACAAAUUUAUGAGAAACAUCCUUACCAAGGAUUUUUUUAAAGGGACAAAAAUUUGGUUAUUAUUAUUAUUUUUUAUUAAACAUUCAGCAUUGCAUGUUUGCAUUGCUGAUCUUUUGAAAUUUUAAUUUUAGUUUUAAACAUUGACAGUAACUAAUGUUUCUUAAACACCAAAUCAGCAUACCAUAUUUUUCUGACUAUAAGUCGCACCUGAGUAUAAGUCGCAUCAUU